GGUUUUUUUUUUCUCCAAAAUCAUGUUCGCAGUUAAAGAUUAGAAGAGUAAUUGGAUUUAAAUUAUUAGAAAACUAUCAAGAUAUAUUCAGCUAAAGUUGCAAAGUGUUAUAAAUUUCAAUAUCAUUAUAAAUUAUAGUAGAAUUAAUGUGACUCACAGUCAUACAUAAUUUAAAUUCAACAAAGGAUUACUUCCGCGUCCUUUCAGAAUAAAUCCAUUGAUUAACUUCGUAAACGCAAAGGCUUUCGGAUGACGAUUUCGCUAAGUACCGAUAAGCUGAAUAAGAGUCGGGAGAAGCUGAAUAAAAGUCAAGAGAAGCUGAAUAAGAGUCAAGAAAAUGAAAAAUCUAAAGAAUAUUCAUCGCAAGAGAUUGAAAAACCAGCGCAGACUUCUCCAAGAGCUUAUAAGAAAAUGUAUAUCAUAAUCUCACUAGUUUAUGCAAAUUUUUGGAUGGCUGCAUCAGUUUCUUUACAAGCACCUUUUUUCCCCAAAGAGGCAGAAUCAAAAGGUGCUACUCCUACACAAUAUGGACUUGUGUUUGGUGUUUUUGAACUGGUAGUCAUAAUUAUGUCACCAAUUUAUGGAAAAUUGAUUCCAAGAGUUUCCCCUAAAUUUCUUAUCACGUGCGGUGUGUUUGUCGGUGGGGUCGCAUGCUGUGUAUUUGGGGUUUUAGAUUAUGUUCCAGCCGGGAAACAAUAUAUUGCAUUAGCCUUUGUCGUAAGAAUCGUUGAAGGUUUUGGAGCAGCUGCUCUCAUGACUGCAUCAUUUACAAUAGUAGCAGCAGCAUUCCCAGAAUCAGUGGCAACAAGUUUUUCACUGAUGGAGACUGCAUUCGGUAUUGGAUUAAUUGUGGGUCCAACUAUCGGUGGAGCCUUAUAUCAGGCGGGAGGCUUUCUGUUGCCUUUUGUCGUGAAUGGUGGUUUUCUUGUAUGUGGGAGUUUCGUUUUAGCCUUCUUAUUACCAAAAAUAGAGGAUACAGAGCGACACGAAGGUUCUCGUAAUCUGUGGGCUUUCUUAUUUGAUGGUGGAAUCAUCUCUUUCACAUUGUCUAUAAUAUCUUCAUUAUUAUUCAUUGGAUUUAACGCUGCAACAUUAGAACCGCAUCUAAGACAAUUUAAUCUAGCGCCAGUUAUAUUAGGUGUUAUUUUUGUUAUUACUGGAGGAAUUUACGCCAUAACCACACCAAUAUGGGGGAAAAUUUGUGAUAUCGGGGUCAACCCUCUAGUAAUUGGCAUUGGUGGAUAUUGCAUGAGUGUUGUUGGCAUUUUGUUUAUUGGUCCAGUUCCUUUUAUUCCUUUUAAGCCAACCUUGUGGACUGUAAUUGGAAGCCUUGUAGUUGUGGGUUUGGGGCUGUCAGCGAAAUUAGUAUCAUCAUUUAUAGGAGCUCUUAAAAAUGUGAUACAUAGAGGAUUUCCUGAUAACCUUGCUACCUAUGGAAUGGUUUCUGCACUAUUUUCAACAGCUUGUUCAACAGGAGCAUUCAUAGGCCCAUCUCUGGGAGGUUUCCUAUUAGAUACCACAGGAUAUAGAAUGGGAACUGUUGUAAUACUUUCAUUAGAAAUAUUUUUCAUGGUAAUUCUCGUUACAUACGUUGUUUAUUCAAAUAUAAAAAAAAGAAAUGCUGAAAGAGAUGAAUGUGAACGAGAACCAUUGAUGACUUCAUCUGUUACACGAAGAUCAUACAGUUAUUCCUCAGUUUAGGCAAACUCUAGUAAUUUUUAUAGCUCAAAUCUGUACAGUAUUUUCAUAACUGUCAUGAAUUAGUACUAUUAUAAUCAUGAACUCAUUAAAUGUACAGAUCGAUACAAAAACAAAAUGUCUUUAAAAUAGUUUUUUCUUCUGAUAUUGUACUUUUCAAGAGUUAUGAAAAUUUAAAUAUGAGAGGAGCAUAUAUACUAAUGAGAACUAUACGUAUAUAUUCAUCUAUUAUUGCAAUUUUCUUUUUUAUGUGUUUAAUGAUCGUGUACAUAAUUCAUUAAAAUACCUGUAUUGAAAUAAUUGACCUACUUAACGAGAUCUUCUGGUUUUGUCUAUAAAAGUUUUUUGAUAAAGUUUGAGGUUUAAAUUUUGUUAAGCACUAUAUUUGCUAUUUAUCUUUCGAUUAGGCGUUCCAUAAAGGUGAUCGGUAAUCACUUCUAUCUUUUAUAGUCUCAUAAAAUUAUUAAAACAAUAACCAGUGGUCUCAAAAAAAGUUAUUAAAAUUUGACGGAUUAUCAUCGUGGUCUAUAUCAAUGAUUGUUGGAUUGAAUUUAGUGAAAUCAUUUUGGUUGUUUUAUGAAACUUAUAAAAGUAUCUAAUAUUUUUGUUGUUGUCUGAUUUGACCAAUUUUGUUUCAUUAGAUGAUAAAACUGGUUUUUAUGCUUUUAAUCUGCUUUCAUUGCUAUAGAUUACGAUAAUGAUUUAUCAUUUUUUAAAAUUUUUAUAUUUUAUUUUGUAAUUCAAAUUUAAUCAACGUAAGUGUAACAUUGUUUGACUUCAUUAUUGACAAGGAUUGUAGAAAUUUAUACGAAGGGCAAUAAUUUCAAAAUAAUGUUUAGAUUAUAAAAACUUAAAAAGAAAAUUUUUACGCAAAAUUUAUGUUUCUUUCAAUUUUUGCGAGAGAAAAUAUUUUAGAGAUAUUGUUAACCAUGUUUUUAGAGGCAUUAUUCGCAUAACUUUGAUAAAGCAUUGAUUUUCAUAAGUAUUUGAUCAUUUUUCUUAUUGAUUGGUGCAUUUUAAAAGUUUGGCUGAACUAGUUAACGAUAUACAAAAUGUAUAUUUUUAUACAAAGAUUUGGUAGCUUUCAAUUAUUCUUAAUAGUUGUAUAAACACAUCAGUACUUUUGUAUAUGUAAUAAUUAAAGUGAUAAUUAACAAUUCUUAUCAUACGUUGUAGAACAAACAUUCAGAAGAUAUUGAACAGUUUUUCUGUGAUAGAAAUGGAAAAAAACUUAUUUUUUAUAUUUUGUACUUAGAGUCAAUAUUUUAAUCUGAUUGUUAUAAGUAAUAAAAUUAUUUUAUAUUAUUUUUAUCUUGGAUUCUUAAACCAAAGUGGUAUGAAUAAAUAAGUCUCAUAUUUCAUAAAUAAAUAAAUUUUUUACCUAAUUG